UAACCAGCAGGAGUCACACCACCCCUGCUUUAAUGAUGGAGGUGAAAAGCGGAAGUAAAGAACGAAGUAGAGCAGGAAAAGUUUUGGGGGCAGAAGUUUGAGACGGUUUUAACACAACGAAACCAUGAGAAGCCGGAACGUCAACGUAGGGAAGUAACUGUGAAGUUUGAAGCUGCGUGCUUUUCAACUGUCUCGGAACCACGAUGGGACUCCCCACACUGGAGUUCAGUGAUUCUUUCCUGGACAGUCCGGACUUCAGAGAGCGGAUCAAAUGCCAUGAGAUAGAGCUGGAGCGGACCAAUAAAUUCAUCAAGGAGCUCAUCAAGGAUGGGAACAUGCUCAUCAACGCACUCAAAAAUUUUUCUGUUGCUGUCCAGAAGUUCUCCCAGUCUUUGCAAGAGUUCCAGUUCGAGUGCAUUGGUGAUGCAGAGACAGAUGACGAGGUGAACAUUGCACAGUCUUUCAAGGAGUUUUCCCAGCUCCUAAACACUGUAGAAGAAGAAAGAAGACGUCUGAUCCAAAAUGCGGACGAUGUUUUGAUCACACCCCUGGAAAAAUUCCGUAAGGAGCAAAUUGGUGCUGCAAAGGAGGGGAAGAAGAAAUUUGACAAGGAAACAGAAAAAUACUACUCCACUCUGGAAAGACAUCUCGGCUUGUCAUCCAAAAAGAAGGAGGCAUAUCUGCAGGAGGCUGACACGCAGAUUGAUAAGGAAAGGCAACUCUUUUAUGAUGCGUCCCUUGAAUAUGUGUUUAAAAUACAAGAGGUUCAGGAAAAGAAGAAGUUUGAGUUCGUCGAGCCGCUCUUGGCCUUUCUUCAGGGCCUGUUUACGUUCUACCACGAAGGAUACGAGCUAGCUCAGGAAUUUGAGCCAUACAAACAGCAGCUCCAGUUCAACCUACAGAAUACUCGCAACAACUUUGUGAGCACCAAGCAGGAAGUGGAGAAGUUGAUGAAUAGAAUAAGGUCUGCAGAUCAGGACUACAAACCCCCAGGCCAGUGGACGAUGGAAGGCUUCCUGUACAUCCAGGAGAAACGUCCACUGGGAUGCACAUGGAUACGGCACUACUGUACGUAUGACAGAGGCAGCAGGAGCUUCACCAUGAGCAGCACUGAAAACAAGUCGUCAGGGAAACAGAACUGCCUUGUUAUGAACCAACCAGAGAUGUUUAAACUCAAGUCCUGCAUUCGCAGAAAGACAGACUCGAUCGACAAGCGCUUCUGCUUUGACAUUGAAGUGGUGGAGAGGCAUGGUGUCAUGACGUUGCAGGCCCUGUCAGAGUCCAACAGAAGACUGUGGCUGGAAGCCAUGGAUGGCAAGGAGCCGAUUUACAACUUGCCAACUAUUCUAAGCAAAAAGGAGGAGACGUUUCUUAAUGAAGCCGGCUUCAACUUUGUGAGGAAUUGCAUAGACCUGGUGGAGAAGAGAAGUUUAAAUACAAUGGGACUGUACAGAAUUGGAGGAGUCAACUCUAAAGUACAGAGGCUGAUGACUACAGUCUUUUCUCCCAGGGCACCUGUGGACAUGGUCCUGGAUCCAGAGACGUGGGACAACAAAACCAUUACCAGUGGACUAAAGAAUUACUUCAGGUGCCUCUGUGAGCCUCUCAUGACCUUUAGGCUCCACCAGGAGUUCAUCUUGGCUGCCAAGUCAGAUGACCAAAAUGUCAGGGUGUGUGCUGUCCAUGCUUUGAUUCAUAAGCUGCCUGACAGGAACAAGGAAAUGCUGGAGCUGCUAAUAAAACACCUUGUCACUGUUUCCAAGCAGAACCAAUACAAUCUAAUGACAGUGUCCAAUCUGGGCGUCAUCUUCGGGCCUACCCUGAUGCGCUCUCAAGAGGAAACUGUGGCCGCGAUGAUGAACAUCAAGUUUCAAAAUAUUGUGGUGGAAAUACUUGUUGAAAACUUCAAUAAGAUCUUCCAGCAGCCUCCAGACCCUAAUGUCUCAGUCCCCCAGCCACAGAGCCACCUUGGCUCUCGCCGCAACAGGGCCAUCUGUCUGUCAACAGGGCCCAGGAAACCCCGCAGCAUUUACACCCCGACACUGUGCCUGGCUGAUGCAGACAGAGACACUUUAAGCAGCAGUCCGGGCAGCACCCCCAUGGGCAGCAUGGAGUCUCUGUCUUCCCAUUCCUCUGAACAAAAUACAUCCUCCCAUACUGCCUCUAUCGCUCAGGCCAAGGAAAGGUCAUUUCUUGGCCUUCACCAAACACCAUCCAACAGCCCUGGAAGCACAGUGUGUAUGAGUAGCCCAGAGUCCAGCUCCAAAGAGGAUAUGGGUCGCACAGAUGGGGAGUCGGAGGAUGCUCUCAGCACGUCCUCAGUCAGUACAGCACCCAGGUUGUCUCCUUCACCAAAAAAAGCCCGCACAUCCACAGUGACCUUCUCAGACCAGUACCUUUGCUCAGCUGCUCCCUCCCUGAAAUCUCUGCAUUUAUUAGAAGUCCACAGGAGCUACUCUGGAUCUGCCCAAAGUCUGUCUUCAGUGGGAGCCAAAGAGAAUUUCAUACCACCUGACCACCCAGAGCUGCCCCCCAAACAUGUGAUCCACAAGAAGCUGGACACCUCCGUCAACAACGGCUACCAAAGACCUGGCUCAGUGGUUGCAGCGAGAGCCCAGCUGUUUGAAAACCCUUCCUCCCUCCAGCCAAGUCCACUAGGAAGAGACGCCAAGGCGAUAUACUCAUGCAAGGCAGAGCACAGCCAUGAGCUGAGCUUCCCACAGGGGGCGACCUUCUCAAAUGUCUACCGUUCUGUUGAACCAGGCUGGCUCCAAGCAACAUACGAGGGGAAAACAGGUUUAAUUCCCGAGAAUUAUGUUGUCUUCCUUUAAUCCGUGGUAAACAAUAGCAUCGUUUUCAUGGUAUCCAUGGAAGAACCCAACCAUAUGGAUGUCAGAUGUACUUCAGACCUUGAUCUACUCUUAACAGAUCUAUUAAGGCAAUGAUGGCUGUAAAAAUACACAGUUGUACCUCCUCCUUUUUGCAACCACUUCAGAGCUUAAUGACAUUCAAAUGGUCGACCCAUUGACUGCACUGAUGUCUUUGUCCCUCUGGUAUUUCUAACAAAAUCACAAAUGAUCAAUUGCAUUUAAUACAGGUUUUAUUGACAGAAAUGGUAACAGGACACUUUCACGCUUUCCACCAAAAUUGUAGGUUAACUUCAACAAAACAUGCUGUGACUUUUAAAGAAGAGAUGUUAACCUAUACAACAGGACAGAAAAAACAAUAUGCCUUUGCACCUUAACCAUUAUAUUUUAUUGGCAUCUUGAAUGUCUUUGAAUUUAUAGUCCCACAAAAACCUGCAUUGUGAAUUGGAAGUUUUUAUAAAGUUAUGUUUGUUUGUUUUUUUAACAUAUCGGACUAAAUCUACAAGAAAGAUAUAGGGUAAAUCUGGACAACACUAGUUAGCAUUCAAUUACACUUCACAAA